UAGUCCUAGUGUUUAAAUAAUUUAUAUAAAAAUACAUCAUGUGUAAUAAUAGUAUUACAUAGAAGAUAGCAUUUUUCAUGAUUAUUUAUCUAUAUUAUCCGGAAGUUCCAAUUCGUCUUGUUCUUUCGAAUGAAGAUUUGGAUUAUUAUGUAUUUCAUCAUCAUCAAUAUCAUCAUGAUAUUUUUUUAUUUGUUAUUGCAUUGUUUCUUGAAUAUCAUUUUUUGAAUUCCCUUUUAAUGAUUAAUUUAGAUUACCAACUUUGAAAAUACUAUUUUUUUUUGAACUAUUCUUCUGAUUAUUCAACUUAUCAAAAUCAUCAAUGUUAUUGGGAAUAUGAAAGUUGUAUGAUUUAUUACUGUGAAAUG